GUCAAUCAGUGUUGCUUCCUAAGUGGACAGUUUGAUUUCACAGAAGUGUGAUUGACUUGGAGUUACAUUGUUGUUUAAGUGUUCCCUUUAUUUUUUUGAGCAGUGUAUUUAUUCAACUGUGAAAAUGGAAUUGAUUUAAUAAAUGCGUUUCAGUAAAUCUGAUUCCUCAUUGUUUUAUUUACACAAGUACUGAGAUCUGUGUACAAGGGUCAGUACUGAUGACAUCAGAUAGUUAUUGUGAUGUCAUAUGUACUUGUGUUUUCCCUUAUAUCAACAUCACACAUUUUACCCCAUGGAUGUCUAGAAACACACUUCAUCAAAAAUGCAAGUACUGGUACAUCUUAGACAUUUGGAUUAUUUUAACUACGCUGAUAAAAAAAUAUUAACGCAACAGGUUUCCUUAUAUGAACUGUAGCUCAUUAAAAUCUUAAAUUGUUGCGUUUUAUAUAUUUCAGUAUAAUGACAGGAAUUCUCAUUGAUGCAUCUGUCACCUUCGCUAAAGGAUUUUUAUGUGUUUCUUGGUUGAAAAACAAAACAGCAGUGAGUUUCUGCUGACCUUUGACCUCGGAGAGCAAACGAGAUCAGGUAUGGGCUGGCACACCAUGGCUAGGUUUCAUUCUAGAAAACUGAUCCCUCUGUCCUUGUUAUAUGGCAGAAACUAGGUGGAGCAAAUGUAUGUAAAGGGGAAACAAUUAGAGAAUAGAAGGGGAUAAAAUAAAAUGUAGCGCUUGUGUUAUGGAUGGGGUUGGGUCUAGUCAUGUGACAAACAAAACAACAUCCAAUUUAAACUUGAGUGGGUGUGCAAGCAGGUUAGCAGGAAAUAGCUAGGCUUUAACAGCAGUAGCGCUCUGUUGAUGGUUUCUCACAGAUCUUUCACUUUGGAACCUUUCAGAUUUGUGUCUACUUCUUUCUACUCCACUUAGAAACACAAUCAUCAGCCUACACUCAGACCAGUCAGAGUCAAAUAAAAAUGGACAAAGACAGUUAUAAACUAAUGCCGCGUUCGUGCUAUAAGAAUUAUCCGAAGCUCCAAGUUCCCUGUGGGAAAUUUCGCUUGAUAGACACACCAAAUCGUAAUUACAAGUGGGAAACUUGUGUUUGCCAAGUUGUGACUUUUCACUCACUGACCUUUUACCUUUUCAACCAAAAGAUGACAAUAAAUCAGUUUAUUACAAUACAUAUUGAUCUUAUCAAUAUGUAUAAUGUAGCUAAUUUGACAAUAUGUCAAUGUUAAACAAGCUAGCUAAUAACUGGGAACUCAGAAAGAAAUGUGGUCAAAUCAUGACAUCAGUGAUCUUCAGGUCAGAAAGUCGGAACUCUAGUUUCCGUUUUAGAAUUCCGUGUUGGAUGACCUUUCAAAACGAUUUAUCCUAAUCGGAUAUCGUUUUCCCCCUAGUUCCCAGUUGCCUUGAACACGCUAUAGCCGGAGAUUUACCAGUUCCUAGUUGUUUUGAACGCGGCAUUACAGAGACCCACCAACCAAUCGAAUAAGAGAAAGGAGGCCUAAUCAGCCGGUCUAAUAAAGAGUGAAAUGUAAAUUAGCCAAUGAGAGUUAGACUGAGCAGCUGGAUAUAAUUUAGACUAGCCAAUCACAAUAAUGCCAUAGAGUGGAAUCUGAAGUGGAAUAUGCCGGAACAUUGGCAGUGCAUCCUGGACCAGCAUGUGAGAGAAAUGGACAAAGAGAGUGAGAAGUGGGCCAGAAUUCUGUGGGACUACCUUUGUCUGCCCCAUUCUCUGGAAAAGAGUGAUGUCAUAAUAGGCCUGGGUUGCCAUGAUGUGCGUGUGGCGGAGAGGUCAGCUGCUCUCUUCCUGGAAGGGUGGGCUCCUUGGCUGCUCUUCACUGGUUACCAAGGCAACCAGACUGCAGGUGUGUGGUCGAGGCCAGAGGCUGACGUGUUCCUGGAUGUGGCUCUGAGGAUGGGAGUGCCCAGGGUGAACAUACUGCUGGAGACAGAGGCCACCAACACUGGAGACAACAUCUGCUUCUCAUACAGGCUCCUCAAGGAGAGAAACAUCCCAGCCAACAGGGUGAUCCUGGUCCAGCAGCCCUUUAUGGAGCGCAGGGUCUCUGCAACAUUCCUGCGCCAGUGGCCUGACCAAGGGGAACACACGCAUGCCAUCGUUACCUCCCCCCAGAUGGGCAUCUCUGCCUACCCCCAUCCCACUGUGGGCACUGCCACAGACCUCAUCACAUACAUGCUAGGUGUUCUAGAGAGGAUCCGUGACUACCCACAGAAAGGUUUCCAGGUGGAGCAGGAGAUCACACCCAGUGCUCUCUCUGCCUACCACUGGUUCCUGCAGGCUGGCUACAUUCCCAAGUGAAUACACAACACACACACACUUGUGCUUAAGUUUCGCUAUGGACAUGUUGAUGCUGCUGAUGGUUGGGAAUUUAACAUUAAAUUACAGUAAAUUCA